GCCGCUCUAGGCCAGCAGGGGGCGUGGCGCUCGGAGUACCGCGGCUUCCAGCGCCGGAGACAUGAGCGAGACGGGCCCGGCCGGGCGCUGCGGGGCGCUUCUCACUUGGCUGCAGACAUUUCAUGUUCCAUCUCCAUGUGCCAAGGAACAGGAUUUGGCUAGUGGGGUCACGAUUGCCCAGGUGCUGCACAAAAUAGACCCAUCUUGGUUCAAUGAAACCUGGCUCUUGAGGAUUAAAGAUGAUGCCGGUGACAACUGGAGGUUGAAGGUGAGCAACUUGAAGAAGGUCCUGCAGAGUGUGGUUGAAUACUCCCAGGAUGUCCUGGGCCACCAAGUCCCGGAGCAGCUGUUGCCUGAUGUAGCUCUGGUUGGAGAAUUGUCUGACACAGCUGAGCUGGGCAAGCUACUGCAGCUGGUACUGGGCUGUGCCAUCAGCUGUGAGAGGAAGCAAGAUCACAUCCAGCAGAUCAUGACCCUGGAGGAAUCUGUGCAGCAUGUUGUUAUGACAGCAAUACAGGAGCUCUUAAACAAAGAUUCAUCGGACACGCUGAGCUCAGAGACUUAUGGGAACUUUGACAGCCAGUCCAGGAAGUAUUACUUCCUCAGUGAUGACCUAGAGGAGACGGAUGACAUGCGCCAGCGCUGCCAUGACCUAGAGCAGCAGAUCUCCAACCUGGUGGAAGAAAAGAAUACUUUGGCGCUAGAGAACAAGAGUCUCCGGGAGCAGAAAAGCUCCCUUGAGUCAGAUGCUGCUGGGCUCACUGGCAAGAAGUUGCUUCUGCUUCAAACCCAGAUAGAGCAGCUGCAAGAGGAGAACUUCCGGCUGGAAAGCAGCAGAGAUGACUUCCGAGUGCGUUGUGAAGAUCUCGAAAAGGAAGUGCUGGAGCUUCAACACCGCAAUGAGGAGCUGACCAGCCUAGCUGAGGAAGCCCAAGCACUGAAAGACGAGAUGGAUGUGCUGCGUCACUCCUCAGACAAGGUGGGACGGCUGGAGGCUAUGGUGGACUCCUACAAGAAGAAGCUGGAAGACCUGGGUGACCUGCGGCGGCAGGUUCGGCUGCUUGAGGAAAGAAACACCGUCUACAUGCAGCGGACUUGUGAGCUGGAGGAGGAGCUUCGGCGUGCAAAUGCUGUCCGUGUACAGCUGGAGGCACAUAAGAGACAGGUGCAAGAGCUCCACAACAAACAUGCAGAUGAGGCUUUGAAGGCGGAGAAAUGGCAGUUUGAGUUCAAGAAUCUCAAGGAGAAGUUUGAGGCUCUGGUAAAAGAAAAGGAGAGGCUGAUUGAAGAGCGGGAUGCCUUACGGGAAGCCAAUGAAGAACUGCGAUGUGCUCAGGUACAGCAGAAAUUCCUAAACCAAGCAGAUACCAUCCUAGAAGAAAUUGCUUCUCCGGUGGAUAACUUAGCAGCUGAGAUCAUGCCAGCAGAACUCAAGGAGACCAUUGUGCGGCUGCAGCAUGAGAACAAGAUGUUAUGUGCACAAGAGCUGUCCUAUCGGCUGCAGCAAACUGAAUUGCAGGGGCUGCUGGAGGAAUCUAACCGUACUAAGAACCAGCUAGAGGCACAGCAAAGACUGAGCCAGCAACAGAUCACUGAGCUCAAGGUGCAAGUAGAGGAGCUGCAACGGGCCCUCCAGGAGCAAGGAAGCAAAGCAGAAGAUUCUUCUCUCCUACAAAAGAAGCUGGAGGAGCACCUAGAGAAAUUGCAUGAGGCCCACGCAGAGCUUCAGAAGAAGAAGGAGUGCCUUGAUGAAUUGGAGCCCAAAGUGGACAGCAACACUGCCAAGAAGAUUGAUGAACUGCAGCAGUCUUUGAAGAAGAAAGAUGAAGAUAUGAGAGCCAUGGAGGAACGAUACAAGCGUUAUAUGGACAAAGCCUGCACAGUCAUAAAGAAGCUGGAUCCCAAACAGCAGCCUCAUGGAGUUCCACUGGAGAUCCAGGCUUUGAAAAACCAGCUGCACGAAAAGGAUAAGAAAAUCAACCACCUGGAGUCGGAUUUUGAGAAGACAAAAUCUCAACAGGAACAAGAAGAGAAACUCAUCAUCACUGCUUGGUAUAACAUGGGCCUGGCACUGCAUCAGCGGGCUACAGAGGAGCGAUCAUCAACCUCUACACCAGUCCAGUCUUUCUUGGCCCAGCAAAGAUUGGCCACCAAUUCUCGACGGGGUCACCUGAGCCGAGCUCAACCCUUGCUGCUUCGAUACGUUGGUACAGACAAACCUCAGUUAUCCUGAUCUGGAAAAGCUGUCCUGUGGAUCUUCUAAAGAAUGCUCACUUCCUAGGGGGGGAGUGAAAUCGGAAUACCUGUUAUGCAGUGGUACUUCCUCUGGAAACCCCCGUUUUAUCGCUAUUGUUGAAAUUCAUUCUCUGAUACUAAAGAUUAUUCCUAUGCCCAACUGUAGUGCUUGUUUUUUUUUAUUAAAAAAAUGAAGACUCUUGAGCAGCAAAGAGCUGGAUUUUCCCUUGUCAUUGAAGACCUACAUGUUCCCUCUUCCACCGCAGUUGGGAGCUGUUGCAUGGCAGUACCCUGGGUGAUGGAGAGGUAUCCUUCAACUGUGUUCCUUACCCACCUCUCCUCUUUUGUACAUAGUUUCUGUAUAGCCCUGUUCCCCACCAUUAAAAAUGUUCUUUACCUAAUGAUGUCAUCUGCAGAGGGUACGGAGGGAAUAUUUUUGCUGCAAUUCACAUCUCCCCUUAUGGGAUAGGCCCCAGUCUUGGGUAUUUUUGGGGGUGAUGAAUGCAUAAGGAUGAGAUGGCUGAUUUGAUAGUGGCCCUGCAUUUGGAGUUUGACUCCUUUAAAAAGAUAGCAUCAGUUCCUCAGGAGUCAGAUUGCAUUGCCUGAGGCACAUUAUGGCACAGCUUUUCUUAGUGACUUAAGAAUCCCUUCUAAGAAGGGGCAGGGCCUUGGUACAAAAAAGCUCCAUUUGAAAACAUAUGAACACUAAAUUGACUUUAGACCCUAGGAGUGAAGAGAGCCUGCAGUCCUGCCCAACAGUAGUUUGUGUGCACAUCUGUAACUGUGUUGUCUUCACGGCACUAUUGAGUGCCUGGUGUGGUGGUGUUUGUUGUGUUUUUUUUGAAAAAGUGUUACUCUUUUUCUCCCUUCCCUGUUAGUAUCAUAUUCAGAGACAUUGCAAGAUGCAGUAUCCUUUUAAAAAUAUGUUCUCCAAAUUUUGAUUCUUUUUUUUUUAAAGUGAAGUUCAUAGUUUUAAUGCUGUAAAUUAUACAUUUUGUAAAGCUAUCUUGUAUCUCUGCCUCUUUAUUUUUCUAUUGGACAGAAGCCUGACAUGCAAUGUGGGAGUAUGGGAUAUGUCUAUAGAAUCUUUACACUACAAAUAAAAUGUUAUAAAAUC